UGGGCCCUGAUUCUCCACUUUAGCUUGCUAUCAUUCAAUGAUAGCCAUCUUGUGAAUUGCGUCUCCAGGGGGGGUGUGAGCUUUUCCAUGAUCGCCGAGCCCUGGAUUGGUUGACGGGUAUUCCAAUUUUAGGCUCUCCCAUCUAAUAAGUAGACACCCAAUCUGUUCUUCUGCUCACAGCUGACAUGCUUCUUCGACACCUCCCCUCGCUCCUUGCGCUCCUUAUUCUCCUGUUCUUGGAAGCGUCAGCGCAGCCUAUACCCAGCGAUGUCCGUGUUACCGUACUACCUGGCUUUAUACCAUUAAAGGAGGGAUUUCAUGAUGGAGCACCACGGAGAUAUUCCGUCUCAGCAGGAACUGAGCCUCUCGAGACAUAUCCAGACAAAGUAUUUACGGAACAGCAUGGAAGUGACCUUGCUAUGUCACAAACAGACUAUGAAUCACAACCAUGGCACAACGUCGAAGCGGUGGAAGGUCCAGGAGAGGGCUACCUCUGAAAUGCGGAAG